AUGAACGGUGAUUUGCUGCUAUAUAGCAUCGACAAAUUCGAUGCACCUCGAACGGUGAUUGCGAAUGACUUGGAUUUGCGUGCUCGUAUCAUCCACGAGUACCAUGAUGCCCCAAUUGGCGGUCAUCUGGGCCGCGAAAAGACAUUCGCGGCUGUCUCGCGUGACUUAUUCUGGCCCCACAUGUACAAAUGGGUUCGCAACUGGGUUCGCACCUGCGAAAUAUGUCAGCGCGUGAAGCCAUCUCCAUCGUCGCAGGCACCCCUGCGACCCCUGCCAAUUGCAGCUGAGGAUUGGAGCUCAGUCUCAAUGGAUUUUAUCUUCGGGCUUGCACCAGAUGGCCAAGACCGAACGGGUAUUCUGGUCUUUGUCGACAGAUUCAGCAAGAUGACACAUCUGGUGCCUGUUCAUGCAACGAUCACCGCGGCUGAGACCGCGGUGCACUUCGUUGACACUGUGUUUCGCCAUCACGGUCUACCAGACAACAUUGUCUCGGACCGUGAUCCUCGUUUUACAUCUUCUUUUUGGACGUCACUGUUCGAGUUGCUUGGCACAAAGCUGCAAAUGUCGACAGCAGCCCAUCCGGAAACGGAUGGGCAAACAGAGCGAGUUAAUCGGGUCCUCGAAGAUGUUCUUCGAAGUUACGCAACGUCCUUUACAAGUUGGACCCACGGCUCUUCGUGGCUCCACUCUGGCGGGGGUGAUAACGAUAAACAACGAUCGAGUGAAGCUCACGGUAUUCUGAGCGCGAAUGCUGUCAACUAUUCCAAGGCGAAGUCUUCUGUUUCGACUCCACGUGACGUGGCGUCCCCGCUCGCUCAAUGGACUGCACAGACGCUGAUCGAUCCUUCUUCGAGUAUGCGAAACCCUAAAGCUAACUACGCGCCGAUUGAAUCGGCGCGACCAAUUGAUGACAUGGCUGUGUCAGAGUUUAUACUCCAACGUCAAGCCAUCACGAGGUUUGUACGCGAUACUCUUCGAUCUGCAGUGGAUAAACAGAAAGCGAAUGCAGACAAACGUGGAAGAAAGAACACGAGUACAUUCAAGAAGGGUGAUCGUGUAUUGUUAACUACCAAAGGCCUACGAGAUUCAGCAGUAACCAAUCUAGGCGCGAGCAAACUCGCGCCACGUUUCGUCGGACCAUUAACGGUAGUCAAGGCGAUCGGCGACGCAUACACGCUGGCCAUCCCUUCGUCACUGCGACUUCACCCGACGUUUUACGUCGGGCGGCUCAAGGAGUACCGUCCAGCUACGCUUCACGGGUUGGCUCCGUCCUCGGAGUCAAAGGCUCAUAGGUCGAACUUCCCUCUCGCCUUUCUCGACGCGCCAGCGACAUCGGACGCGGCUGCGUCCCAGUCUGCGCGUGCCCAAGAACCUGGCGUUCCAGGUUCCGCAUCCGUUCAAGCAGCUCGCGGUUCGACUGUCGAAUCUCGUUCGCUGUUCUCUCAGCCCGCGCAGCUCGGUCAAGGGCAGCUUCAGCCUUCCAGCUGGGCAUCAACAGCCUUGUUCACAGCCGCAUCUACAUCGUCCUGGGCAACCAGGACGCCAGCAGUACCAUCUCACGAGGACCCUCGUCGCGAAACGACAUCGUCGCGACACCAUGAGCGCGCGGUUCCAACCGCGCACAAGUAUCGUGUACGUUGGCUCGGGUUUCCACCCGAGCAGGAUACGUGGGAACCGCGCUCUUCGCUUCUUCGAGACGUUCCGGACGUCGUUCGGGCUUACGAGUCCCUGCACACGCUUGGUGCAGACUUGGUCGACGACCUGUGUAUUCUCGCGGUGAGCGAGAACGAGAUGCACGACGACGGUGUCGUGGUGAAGUGUCACCACGACUACGAGACCGAGAGCGAUUGCGAGAACGUCGUGGUGACGUUUCACCACGACGACGAGAUGAAGAGCGACGACGAGAACGUCGCGACGAGCGUGUAUCGCGACGAUCACGCGAACGAGAACGUCGUGGCGAGUGCAUGGCACCACGACCUCGAGAACGCGAGUCGUGUUGCCAGCGUGACGCGCCACGAUUAA